AUGUACUAUGAUUGUCGAUAUUUGUCCGCGUGUGAAGCGACAUGGCGAAUAUUUUCAUUUGACGUUAAUUACAGACAACCAUCUGUUCAACGGCUUAGUUUUCACUUGGAAAAUGAACAGUCUGUGAUAUAUGGCGAUGACGAUGAUCUUCAAGAUGUCAUUGAGAACCCAAUCAUUCAUAGAACUAAAUUCUUGGCAUGGUUUGAGGCAAAAAGAAAAUAUUCUGAAGCCAGGAACUUAACAUACAGUCAGUUUCCUGCAAAAUUUAUGUGGAAUGCAAGGAAACAUAUAUGGACUCCACGGAAGCAAGGGUUUGCGGUUGGCAGGAUUCAUUUUGUUCCUCCUAGAUCAGGAGAAAUGUUUUAUCUCAGGACAUUACUAAACUAUGUCAAAGGGCCAACAUCGUUUGAUGAUAUAAAGACAGUUGAUGGUGUCAAGAAGGAUAAUUUCAAGGAUGCGUGUUAUGUUUUGGGCUUGCUUGAAGAUGACAAGGAAUUCAUUGAUGCAAUUAUUGAAGCAAGCCAUUGGGAAACAGGGACCUUUUUGCGCAAUUUGUUUGUAUCAUUGUUGGUAGCAAAGCAAAUUUUUAGGCCAUCUGUUGUUUGGGAAAACACAUGGGAACACUUUACAGAAGACAUUUUAUAUAAACAAAGAAGAAUCCUCCAAUUUAGUGUGUUCUCAUAUAUCGUCUAUGUUUAUUUUAUUGGAUGUGCAAAUUUGGUGCUUACCCCGGAUCAAUUGCGAGCAUAUGCUCUAGCUGAAAUUGAGCUGUCUUUACAAGGUCAUGGGAAAAGUAUUGAAAAUUACCCAAAGAUGCCUCAACCAGAUAGAUCUUUGGUUCCGGAGAUUGACAACAAGUUGAUUCAUGAAGAGUUGAAUUACAAUAGACCUGUUUUGAAACAGGAGCAUCAUAAACUUAUGUCAACAAUGACCACAGAACAGAGAAAGUUGUAUUGGGUGGAGAUUUCCGGCAGAUUGGGUGGAGAUUUUCGUCAUAUACUUCCUGUAAUACCCAAAGGUAACAGACAAGAUAUUGUGCAUGCUGCAAUAAAUUCAUCAUAUUUAUGGGAUUUCUGCGAGGUUCUUACACUUACAACUAAUUUGAGACUUAUAUCUGCUGGUUCUGAUGUUGAUGUUUCUGAAAGAAUAUCAUUUGCAGAGUGGAUCUUGGCAAUUGGUGACGGGACUAUUGGUGAUAGUAGUGAUGUUGACAUUGCAAUCACUGUUCCCGAUGAUUUGCUUAUUCCAAGUCACGGUGAUCCUCUUGCAGCUAUUGUUUAUAGCACAGGUCCAAACCUCUUCAAUAAUAUUCAUGAUCCUUCCUUUUUCACAAACAGAGCUAUAUUAGCUCCAACCAAUCCCAUCGUUGAUGUAAUCAAUCAGUAUGUUUUAGAUUUGAUGCCUGGUGAGGAUAGGACUUAUCUAAGUUGCGAUUCACCAUGUGUUGCUAACUCCACUCGUGCUGGUCUAAGUGAUGUGCAUACUCCUGAAUUUUUAAAUACAAUAACUACUUCUGGUCUUCCAAAUCAUAUUCUGAGAUUGAAAGUAGGAGUUCCUGUCAUGUUGUUGAGAAAUAUUGACCAAAAUUUAGGAUUAUGUAAUGGAACCCGGUUGAUAAUUACAAAGAUGGGGACUUAUGUUUUGGAAGCAGUAGUGACAUCCGGAAGCAACAUUGGUGACAAAGUUUUCAUUCCCCAGUUAUCAUUGACACCUUCUGAUAAACGAAUUCCUUUCAGUUUUCAACGACGACAAUUUCCUCUUGCAGUUUCUUUUGCUAUGACUAUUAACAAAAGUCAGGGGCAAUCUCUUAAUCAUGUUGGUGUUUAUCUUCCGCAAUUAGUUUUUUCUCAUGGCCAACUCUAUGUUGUUGUGUCAAGGGUUACCUCCAAGAGUGGUUUAAAAAUCCUCAUAACCGAUGAAGAUGGUGCAUAUACACAUGUGACGUCCAACGUUGUUUACAAAGAGGUUUUCCAUAAUGUUCGAUGA